UAUGUGUGUGUGUACGUGUGUGUGCACAUGCAUGUGUGUGUGUAAGUCCAAGUUCUAGAAUUUAGCUCAGAAUUAAAAGGUCAUAUAGAAACAAAAGGGAAAGUUUCCAACUGGGUCCCUUGGAACUUUGAGGUUCUUCAGUGAAGUACAAGAAGAGGGGGCCUAGUAGAAGAUGCCUUCUUGUUGUAAUAAUUUCUUUUACCUGUUUUAUAAGUUGGGAUUUAUUGAGUUUCAGAACUUAAAAAAUAAAGAGAUCGUAUGCCUUGCCCACAGCCCAUAUGGAAACAGCUUCCAGGGGCUCUCACCUCAGUGCUCCUUGUGCCGUGCCACUUCUCUUCUUACAAUAGACUUUAGUCUGUAUAUCAAACAUCUUUAAGUGGGACCACAAUAUCAUACUUCACUAGUAGGUGCCAUUACUUAAGACAGCAUACAUUCUUAUAUGAAAAUUUAAAGCUUAAUCUUUUAAAAUUUAUCUCACGUUGGUUCUCUCUGCAAUGCAGAGGAAGACUGGACUGGUAUAAAAGAAAAUGGACUAGUAAUUGAGACCACAGCUCAUAUUCAAGCUUUAAUAAUUUUGUGAAUUAAACUUUAAUUUCUUUACAGUAAAAUGAAGUUAAUAAAGCAUGUCGUGUCUUCCGUACAAAAAAUGAUGUUGGUAUUAUAAAUUUCAAGUGAAACGGUAACUGAAAUAAUGCAUGGAAUAUAUGUAGAAGUACUUUGCCAGCUGGAAAUAAAGAUAUGUAUGCUUAUUUUAUUAUAAUUAAUUAUAAAAUAAGAAAUGUAUAACUUAUGUGUGACCAAAUGCAAAAGUGGGCACUAGUGCAUAUUAAUUCUGCAAAAGAGGCACAUUUAAAACACUUCUUUUAUUUUUCAUAAAAAAAUUUUACUUCCAAAUUUUCUGGCAAUUUUUUUCUAUGUAAGUCUCCCCCCUAGACUGGCUUCCUGUGGACACAGAUUGUUUCCAUAGAUUAAGAUGUGUGAUCAUUAUCAUUUGAUCUUCUCUGCUCUACAAAUGUGGCAGUUUCAUAUAGUUCAACCUAAUAAUUUAGCUUUGUAUUUCUAGAACAAUGUCCAGCUCCAGGUAAAAGUUUUAAAAGAAAAUUGCUGUGCUGAACUAUUGAAUGGAACUUGGAAAUAAAGUUCCUUCCAAAAUAACUAUUCUUCAACAGAAAGUAAUAGGUAAAUGUGUUAGAAGUGCGAGAAAUCAAAUUGCUAAUUAUUUACUCUUUUUUUUUUUCUCCUAGGAUUCUGGGAAAGGUAUGUGCAAAUAAAAAAUAAAAAAGAAAAGGCACUGUAACUUGAUUACGAAUUUGGAAAAAAGGUUACUCAACACACAAAGGGAAAAGUAAACUGGUUGAUAGCCCUCUGGAAUGAUGCCCCUUUGCCACAAUAUAGUUAAUAUUUCCUGUGUGAAAAACAACUGGUCAAAUGAUGUCCGUGCUUCCCUGUACAGUUUAAUGGUGCUCAUAAUUCUGACCACACUGGUUGGCAAUCUGAUAGUUAUUAUUUCUAUAUCACACUUCAAGCAACUCCAUACUCCGACUAAUUGGCUCAUUCAUUCCAUGGCCACUGUGGACUUUCUUCUGGGGUGCUUGGUCAUGCCUUACAGCAUGGUGCGAUCUAUUGAGCACUGUUGGUAUUUUGGAGAAGUCUUCUGUAGAAUUCACACCAGCACCGACAUUAUGCUGAGCUCAGCAUCCAUUUUCCACUUGUCUUUCAUCUCCAUUGACCGCUACUAUGCUGUGUGUGACCCAUUGAGAUAUAAAGUCAGGAUCAAUAUCUUGGUUAUCUGUGUGAUGAUCUUCAUUAGUUGGAGUGUCCCCGCUAUUUUUGCAUUUGGAAUGAUCUUUCUGGAGCUAAACUUCAAAGGAGCUGAAGACAUAUAUUACAAACAUGUUCACUGCAGAGGAGGUUGCUCUGUCUUCUUUAGCAAAAUAUCUGGGGUGCUGGCCUUCAUGACUUCUUUCUACAUACCUGGAUCUAUUAUGUUAUGUGUCUAUUACAGAAUAUAUCUUAUAGCUAAAGGGCAGGCAAGAUCAAUUAAUGAUGGCAAUCAGAAGCUCCAGAUUGGAUUGGAAAUGAAAAAUGGAAUUUCACGGAGCAAAGAAAGGAAAGCUGCGAAGACACUGGGGAUUGUGAUGGGAGUUUUCCUAGUGUGCUGGUGCCCUUUCUUUGUCUGUACAGUUAUGGACCCUUUUCUGCACUACACUAUUCCACCUGCUUUGAACGAUGUAUUGAUUUGGUUUGGCUACUUAAACUCUACAUUUAAUCCAAUGAUUUAUGCAUUUUUCUAUCCCUGGUUUAGAAAAGCACUGAAGAUGAUUCUGUUUGGUACAAUUUUCCAAAAAGAUUCAUCCAGGUGUAAUUUAUUUUUGGAAUAGAAUUAGUGGAAUUAUUAUAUUUUACUGUUUUGCAAAUCAGUUGAUGAUCAUGUUUAUGAACACAACCUAACCAACCCCAUGCACCAACCACCUGGAUUUUUAAAAUCAGUUACUUGAGUCAAAGUAUGCAUGGUGAGUUAAAUUACGAUGCUUAUAGGUAAUUUCCUAUUUGGGACAUAGUAGGUAUAAUCUUUUCCAUUCUUACUACCUUAUUGGAGCUUUGCAAAUCCAGCAUUUAAGGGCCUACCUUUUAUUUAACUUCUCCUGCCCUUAGAAGAACUGCCAUGAGUUUAUAGUGGUACCUCAGUCAGCUGUUCAGUGUUGGAAAUCAUAGGGUUGAAUUUGAGAAUCCAAAUUAGAAUGAUUUUGUCAUAUAUUUAUACAUGUCCUUGUCACAUAUAUGUAUAUGUCUUUUGUAAAAUCAACUAAAAGCACACACAUUAAAUGUUACUGCUAAAUAAUUGUUGACACAUAAUUUAUUUAUAUUGUUAAUAUAUAUACCAAUCCUUAAAUAUCUUGAUUUUCAUAUUUAAAGUAUGUUUUUCUGAUUC